AUAGCGAAUCACCUUGCAAGAGUAGCAUUCUAGAAGUACAUCGUCAAGCGACAAAAAAAAAAAAAAAAAAACGAAUAAAUUAAAAACGUGAAUACAAAACCUGCCUGGAGGUUUAGGAUGGUGACUCUCGCGGAGGUGCUGAGUCUCCUGCUGGUGUCCGUGUUAUGGGGCUGUACCAACCCAUUCCUUAAAAGAGGCACGGAAGGUAUUGAACAUGUGGACAAGAAAGGCAAAGUUGCUCAGUUUCUCGCUGAGGUCAAGUUUCUCUUCUUUAAUCUUAAGUAUCUCAUCCCGUUCGUUCUGAAUCAAAGUGGCUCUUUGGUCUACUAUUACACCCUUUCCACGACAGACUUGUCAUUGGCUGUCCCCGUGUCCAACUCGCUCACCUUUUUAUGGACUCUUGUCACCGGCAAGUUGCUGGGUGAAAACUUGGGAGGAAAACAGGCUGUUGCCGGAAUGUUCCUCACUAUGGUUGGGAUCACUCUGUGUAUCAUAAGCUCCAUGGAUGAUGGUGUCCGGGCUUGCUCUUAAGAGAUAGGGUGAGAAGCUCAGUCAUCCGGGAGGGAUUCAGCGUUGAGAGGAGCCAGCUGAGGUGGCUCGGGCAUCUGCUUCUACUACAUCGCCAUCCACCUACUGGUGACGCAGCACCAGGAGCAAUGUUGCAAAAUUGCUCAAGGACACUUAGGUGAGUUCAUCAGGGCGGAGACUUGAACCCACAACCUCUGGGUUGGGGGACAACUACUCUACCACUGAGCCACACCACCCCGCAGAAUGUGCAUUAGCGUUAGCACCUAGCUUGAACUCUGCUUUUACACGAAAAAGCAGACUUGACCACAGUCAUUAAAACAAAUAUAAUAAAGAAAAGGUUUUCUUUCUGUGGGCCAAAUAAGCAAUAUUUCAGUAUUGCUUGCAGGGCCAAGUCAGGGCAAACUGACGCACACACACAACCAUAUAAGGCUUAUGUGUGUGCGUCACGCAUGCACAUUGCGCUCAUUAUUAAUGUGUGUUAUUUGAGUCCUAUUUUUGGAAAUCAAAAUAUGAUCACCCUGGAAUGACGUACAGCCUUAAUGUGGAGUCAUUUGUUUUGAUGUUUCUGCACAUGCGGGUCAGUUUGCUCAGCCCGUGUCAGACUGCGAAUUAGUGGGAAUGCGUAAUACUUGAACAGGCUCGAUAGACAAAGGCUGUCUGAACGGGCACGCCAGAAAAACAUAUGACAAAAAAUCGGAAUUGUGCAUUAAGACCUAUAUUAUGAACCUAGCCUAAGAGGUGUUGAGUCUAUUUUUGUCCAAGUUGACUCAGUAGGAGGUCCACUGGUGCAUUCUUUUGGUUUAGCUUUUUGUGAUAAAUAAGUGAUGGAGUGAGCAGUGAGCCUCAACACGUUUAAUAAUGAGAAAGAUGAGACGGCCUACCUGAGUUUCUUCUCGUGCUGCCGGCUGCUUUUUUACCCCCGUAUUGAUGUAGCUGUAGCGUAAACACAACCCAAGUCAGUAGAGUAGAACAGAGCUGUCGAAUCAAAGCUGUCAACAAAUGUUUUUUUUUUUUUUGCAUUCCUAGUUAGUUAAGAGAUUAUUGACAAGUUUGUAUUUAUUUUGUAUGUUAUAAUUAGGUUCGUAUUCGUGAGAAAUGUUACCCUGACCCCCGUUCCACCAAUCUGUUUGGUCCUAUUAACACUAGAACUACCACGAGUAGAUCAGUUGAUACAAAUCAGUUUUGUAACCAGAGAAGGAUCAUCUGACCCUAAUCAGCAUAUCUUCUGUUAGCACCAUGGUCGUCAUUUGUCAUUCCCGUUAACACUCGCAAAACCACAGGGUUGGAUUGCUCCAAUUAGCAUCUUGAGUGUUUGCAGGGCAGGGGUGCCUUGGCUGAUGGGGGAAAGGUAAACUAGUGUUAUUCUAGCUAGCUUGUUGUCACUUUCAAGCCCAGAAGACAGGUUGUGGUGAAAAAAACCAUAAAAUAGACCAAACUACUGACAGGAUGUGACAUUUCUUUUUAAGUGUUUACUUGUCCUUUCAACUCUUAUCCUCUGUAUAAACCAAAUGGAAAUACUAGUCAGUUUUUUUUAACUUCAUGCAUGGAACGUUACUGUGGUCAGACUUAGAGUAUGUCUCACAUGUACUGUAUGUGUGUGUAAACUGUAUGGAGACAGAAAGGUGCCAUUGGAUGGUUGUCUGAGGCAAUUGGAUGGUUGUCUGAGGCAGUCAGAGGUUAUUUUCUCCUCCCCUUACGAAUAGGCUUGUCCAGUUGGACAAAACAGUUGUUGCUUGUCGGACAGUAGACCGCUCAGGCAGGCAAUCGGGUGGACAAAUUUUUUACAUAUUCCAUGAGCUGCAGUUUUCCUACAGUACAAGAGACGGUGUAAUAAAAAACAAAACUAAACUUUUUUUAUGUGGUGACAUAUUUUCCCGGGGCUAGGUGUUGGAGGUUGUUGCCGAAGCAAUUUUUCCUUCUGCUCCUUCUUUGCGCCCACAUGAGAGUGAGCCAAUUCCUUUGCAAGACCCACCAAGAAGUCCACCUGUCUCUCUUAUAUUCAAGAUGCUAAUUGCAGCUAUCCAGAGUGAAACCCCCCACCCCUCCACACCUAGGCAGCGGCUCCACAGGAGUGUGUGUGUGUGUGGGGGGGGCUGCUUGAUUGCUUCUUUGAGUGGUCUAUUGUUUGACAAAGCCCAGUUGUCAGUUUGGAAUCGGGGUCAUUUGACGCCUUCCUGGUAUUUCUUUAUAGCCAAAAAAACAUGGGACUUCCAGAGUUAAUGUCCCGUCCCCAGCAAAAACUGUACAAGCAUGUUAUGCUGUAAUAUCGUCCCUACCAAAGUUGAGACCAAACCUACACCCUUGCUUUUAAUGUACGUGACAACCAACCCCGUUCUUCCCUAUUUUGUUUUGUUACUUACCGCCCUUUAAAGUGCCUGUGACACAAAAAAAAAAAGCAUGUUUAUUUCAUAUUACACGCGGUGUUUUAUGCUCCUGAAUGAAAUGGACCGCUUGGAUGUGUGUGGAUGCGAUCGAUAUGUUUACUCAAAUUUUUAAUCCCACGCCAUGAAAAUGAGUGACUUCUGGCCAGAGUCUGGAUUAAGGAAGAAGGCGAAUGUAACGUCAGCGGACUUGUCAUUUUCACAAUACAGCCAGUACUAUAGUAUGCAGAAGGACUGAGGAUUCAGCUGAUUUUGCGGAUUAAUUCGCUUAUGUUUUGCGUCACGCCAGCUAAAUGUGCUGCAGGCUUUUGUUGCUACACCAGGUAGAGUUGUGUGAGGCUUUUUGGAUUCCCAAAAGAUCCUGUUGACCGCGAAAAAUUGGAAAAGUCUGACAAUCUAGAGACAAUUGGACGGAUGACGAAGUGAGUAAGCUACGUGUUUUGUUAUGUCAUAUACUGGGAUCGUGGCUUGCAUUUUGUAGGUGAUAAUGGUCCCUGUCCACCGAGAAGGCUCCUUGGCCAAUGACCAGCGGCCUGUCGCACACCAUGGUCGCCGGCCGAUAAAGGCAUGCCCGCCAAAAGAGCGCUAUCCUUGGCUUGGGCCCGGGGAGCCCACCGAUCUUGUCUCUGGUUCUCGAUUGUGUCGAGACUUCCACUCCCCUCGAACUUCCUCGCAUGCCCGCCUAUAGAGCGCUAUACUCGGCUUGGGCUCGGGCAGCCACGCGCUCCGAUGUCGGUCAGUUUGUCCAACGAGAAUGCGACAUUUUCGGCGUUCAUUCCCCUUUGCGUCCCCGGCGACGAGCACUGCCUGCCUGCCUGGGCCGCAGCAGAUCGACGAGUCGUAACUUGCUCGCCGCUGGGGUCUGGCCGAUCGGUGAAGACAGUCACCCCCGCCGCCGUGUGUGACAUGAGUCGGGGUAGUUUUGUGUGAUUUUUCGUUUUCAAAAGGCGAGGAAUAGACUUGGAAGAGCUACUCAGUUCGGGUUAGCAUGUCGCCUCGCUCUCACGCCUCUUGUUUUGUUUACGCUCCUUCCUCCGUCUCCAAAGCCGGGCAGGCAAAUGACAAAAAGCCGGACUAAUUCCGGUGGCAUAAAAUACCGUUCGGGAGGUUUAAGAAGUCGGCGGUUUUGACCAUUAUGCAGUCAUUUAGCCCUGUCUUGCUGAAUAAAUGCAUUUUUAAUAUUUCAUAUUCCAUUUAGCACAAGACUGUUAUUUGUCAUGACCAUACAAUUUAUUUAGCAAUUGGGGAAAAAUACUUAGAUAAAAAGAAUAUCCUGUAAAAACUUUGGUGUAGAGAGAUCAAAACAAGGAUGACAUUUUGUUGAUCUCUGUUACAUUUUCCUCAUUCUGAAUCUUCCUCCUCCAUUGGGCUGAAUACUAAAUCAGCUAAAAUCGUUACUCUGCCGACAACAUCACCCAGAUGGCGGCGCCAGAGCGCCAUAAUGACAGGAAUAGCUAAACGGCAGAUAGAUACACUAACGAAUGUUGUCGAAUCGUCUCAAAAUAUGAUUAUAAUUCUCAUAUUAAUGCUAUUUAAGAUCUUUUUUAUGGUGUCAUAGGCACUUUAAAUGCACUACAAAAGGCUUUUAGCUACUUACUCCAGUUUCUUGAACUUCUCAAAACCCGCGGCGACAUACUGGGCCCCCGUCCGUAAGUCCUGGAAGUCGGCGACCUUGUGACCCUGUCUGGGGGUGUACAAGGUCCUGACAGCCAGCGGGGCCCCAAUAUUGUGGGUCACCUCGUUGAGGAAAGCCUCCAUGGUGGACACUUGCCGUUGGUUGAUCACAAACCGGCGACCGCUAAAGAAAGGGUCACCGUUUCUGUACACCACCACGCUCUUCACCGGGGGCAGCGCGGUCGUGGCUGCCAUCUCUGAGCACUCUACUACUGCUAAACACACACAUUCCAGAAAUUCACUAUUAACUCAUUGGCUGCCAUUCAUCUCAUUUAUGACAUGUCAAAAAUUUUUCCACAAAAAAAGCAUAUGUAUCUUCCAUAUUUCAAAUUCAAAGCAUUAAAUCUCAAUUCAAAAACAUUUUUUUGAAUUGUAAAAUACCAACAUUUAAAAGCAAUCUUACACCUUUACCACUCCUUUCCCAAAUUAUUUUUUAAAAAUUCGCUCACUCAGGCCAUAUACACAUACUAUUAAUCACAUUCCCUCAAUUCUCUUAUUUUCCACAGCCUUUUCAAUUCAGCGUCAGCUCUUGAGCAUUCACACGGCAUUCCUACAGAAACGGCAUUAUCGAGUUAAAUAUCACACACUCUACAGAUACACACCCCAAAUUGAAGAUGGAGAAGAAUCCCCUCGGUGCGGUAGCUGUGGUGGUACAUUUACCACCUUCUUCUCAAACUGACACACGUCCACUCCAGCCAACGUCCGUGUGUAUUUCCUGGUUGCUAUGACGGCACUGCAAGCAGUGAGUGGCUUUUGAGGGCCAAACCAUUGGCAGCAAGCACAACAAAAGCGACACGGAGUGGGUAGUGGGCGGGAGGUGGAUGGGAGCCUCCCGCGUGUAGGCGUCUGGUUCAAUAUGAUAACAUAGGCCUGUAUUUUUUUAAAUUUCAAGUAAUUAGAAGUUUUUUGAGAUGCGUGAGUCAAAUCCUGAUAAAACACUCAAAUAACUAAAUGUAUUUUUUUUGGGAUGUCGACUCCAUUUGAAUUAACUGGGAAAAUGAAAUGUAAGAAGAAAAAAAUAAAAACUUCGUCAUAAAAUGUGAUCUCAUUGGAUGAUCAUGUUUUUAUUUUUUUGCAUUUCUUUAACCCUUUAAAGAGCAUACGACAGGAGAAAAAAAGUCUUACAUAGCAUUAUUAUGUGAAUUAGAAUCACAUUUUGAGACGAUUCGACUAUAUACAACAAUUUAGCAAAGCGCAGAUGACGAGAAAUUAGUCUUUUAAUCUGCCGGUUAGCCACGCCUACUGUUAUAGGGCUUGAGCGUCCCCAACAGGUGGAUGACGUCAGCGGGAGACUGGGCUCAUCGGUUUUACUCAGCCCAUUGAGCGGGAAUUAUUCAGAACGAGGAAAACGCGAAGAAGAGAGCCGCAAAAUGUCAUUGUUUCAGUCUCUCUACUCCAGUACUUUUACAGGAUAUACUUUUUAUCCAAGUAUUUUUCCACAAUAGCUAAAUAAAUGGCUUGAGAAGGACCAGUCAGCCCGUCGAGGGGGAAGUAUUCACAACGAGGAAAACGCGAGGAAGAGAGCUGCAAAAUGUCAUUGUUUCUGUCUCUUCACUUCAAUAUUUUAACAGGAUAUUCUUUUUAUCCAAGUAUUCUUCCCCAAUUGCUAAAUAAAUGGCAUGAAAUCAUAAAAAUGCACUUAUUCAGGACGACAUGGCAAAAUUACUCCAUGAUGGUCAAAACUGUCAACUUCACCUUUACUGUCGCACCUCCCGAACGAUAUUUUAUGCCACCAAAAUCGGACAUAUGUCAUUUCCCUUCCCCGGUUCCGGAGAAUGUAAACAAACCAAGAGGCGUGACAGCUAGCCGACAUGCUAACCCGA